UUUGCCCAAGCUCCGAUGAUUUUACUUUUCCAUUAUAUAUCAGCCGUGCGAAAAAUAAUUAAUAAUUGUUCUAAAAAUGCAGUUUAGUGAAGUAGAAAGGUAAUGUAAAAGUACAUGUAGAAAUAAAGGUGACAAAUCGUUUUCAUUGCAACACAAUGAUCACAAGAUGACUACAGAGGACAGUGCGGGUGUGAAAAAGUCAACUGCCUUGGGCCAAAUAUUGACGACCAAACAAAACAUUUAUGCAAACUACUUAAUACCGAGUGUUGCCGCUGUGCUUCUGUAUAAUAUAAAUUUUGCGUGUGACGUCGUGGUGGCAUACAGACACUACGCGGAGGAUAAUCCAGUGUGGGCUUCAUUGACUAUAUUUUUCUUGUAUUUGCCCAUUAUCGGAUGUUUUGUAUUAACAGUUUCGGCUUGGGAACAUUGGCCCGAAUUUGAAGGGUGCGGAGUUGAAAAUGUAAAAUGGAUUUUUGUUAAAAUUUUUCAGCAUGUGUUUUUUCCCUUAUGGGCAAUGUGGAGGUUCGCCGAGAAGAUUUUCUGGUCAAUAGAAGGCGUUAGAACUGACGAUAAAGAAUUGCAAAAUGAAAGUUUGCAGAAGUUGUCCGAACCCCGAACCAUCGAGUUGUACUUUUUUCUUCAGGGGUAUUUACAGGCAGCGCCGCAAGUACUUUUACAACUACAUAUCCUAAUGAGAAACGUCUCCACCAUGGAUAAAGAUACAAUUGACGCUCAGGUCUUAUGUAUAGCCAUGUCUUUGGCGAGAAUGUCGGUAGUGACGACCCUGUACCAACAUUUCAAAUCGCAGAAGAUGGCAGGAAGAAAUUAUCCUUGGUUCAAGGACUACAAAUUCACGUACGACAUUGCAAUUGAAGGGAUCCAUAUACGAAAUCGCGACGCUCUAAUAACAGCGAACGAGCGUCCGAGAAAUCCUGAAAGAAGGAGAAGUAGCGAAUUCUACGAGGUACCGACUGGUUCCACUCAAGAUGUGAGGACAAGGACGAAAAAUGGAGAUGAAGAACCAAGAGAAACUUCGGUUGUGGACGGCCCGAAGAGGACAGUUUUUAGAGAUGCCGCACUGGCGCAGGAUGACGAUUAUUUUAACCCUCGCAGAUUGAGAAAAGUCGAGGGAUUACCCGAAGAUGACGUGGUCGGUAAAAUUAUAGGAUUUAUGUGGUGGUUCUGUUUUCUAAUUUCGCGAAUGCUCACAAUUGCGUCCUUUGGAUAUUUCUAUCCGUCUGAAAUAGUUUGGAUUCUUUCUGCGCAUUUUAUAAUAACAGUUUCAAUUUUAUUGUACGACGUUAGGGCCGACGAAGUUCGACGGUCUAAGGCGAUAUUUUUUAUAUUUUUGGGAUUUGUUUAUUUAUUCUGUCUGAUAGAGUUUAAGAUUAGAUUCAAAAAGGCGAAAUUUAUAUUUUUCGGGUUUUUCACGUUAAUGUUCCUCGAAAAUUUUUCCAUGAAUUUGGUCUGGUGGAACAGAGACAUGGAGGACAUAAUCAACGAUUUCUGGUUCCGGUUUAUAUUUUAUAUGAUCGUCCUGACAACGAUCAUGAGCUUUUCGUCAAUGGUGUUAUAUAUUUUUAUUUUUAAACCGAAAAAGGUUGUUGUGAAAGUUAUCGCCGAAAGAAUUUCUUAAUAUACAUACUUAUACCAUAAUCAUAAUAAUAAUAAUCAACGUGUACGUGUAAGUAAAAACAUUUGAUUCAAAUUAGAA